UGGUUGGGUGUCUUAUGGUUUUAUUCCGCCCCGCUUAGUCCCACCUUUGAGAUCACAUUGUCGUCCAUCAAGUGAUAUCUUGGUUGACCGUUCUCUUUGGACCAAACCGUGAAAGGCGCGUGCUAACAUCAUCCAACAGGCUCAGAAUCAUGGGGGAAACACUUGUCUAAGUGUGGUACUGAUCAUCUUUAACAAAACCUCAAACGUAAUCAAUAACUCAGACUAACUUCACAGUUAAAAACGUGAAAAGGAAAGGGUUCCAUACACACACCGCUUGACACCAUGCGCACAAGCCCUAUCAUACUGGUCGGAACAAAAUUCCAUAAAUGCUUCGAUAUUCUCACAUUUAAAUUUGACUUUUUAAGGUAUACUUUCACUUUUGAUUGCUGAUAAAAGCCUGUGGGGAAAAAUGAGUGAUGUCCCACGUAGCACACUUCCACUUAAAGUUUGGCUGAAUUGUAAAUGCGACUCUCUCGCUGACGUAUCAUGUGUCGUACACUGCGAUAUUUAUAUACAGCGUUUGCAGCGACAUCAGAAAAUGUCGGCAUGCCUGUCUCGAUCUCAUUCUCAUGCUUAAAGUCAUAAAAAUUGGACGAGAGUCCGAUGAUGUAUAAACUGUCCUUGAGGCUUAGUUCUCUUUAUAUAUAUUGAUUCUAACUGGGUAAUUUCUGUCCGUCCCUGGAAAGUGAAAACUCUGAAAAAGUUCUUAACUUUCACUUCAUUUUCUGCUUGUAGACGGAAAAUUUUGAUUCUUCGGGUCGAACCAAACUUUUCCAUAGGCGCAUCACAAUUCCUCUCUAACCUGCUUUCCUAUGAAUGAAUCGCUAUUUGAAUGCUUUGUAUACGCACUGCUGGUCGUUGGAGGCUUUUUUGUUAUUAUAAUUUAGUUCCAUGAAUGUGUCAUCUGAGCCUAUCCUCAUACAAAGCCCUUACAAAGUUACAUCAUCCAAUUGCGCCUUGAACCAUAACGUCUAUUUCCGCAUACCACGAUCCAGCCUAGAUACAACCCAUUCAGUGCACGCAUUGCACACGCUGCUAUACGUGUACAUGUAUUUAUGCUGGGCCCCUUAGGCCUAUACCUAUGCAUUGAUCUAGUGCCAGAGACGGGUCUACUGUCUGGGCCACUUGAAGCCGCGUUUGGUACCCGUGCUGUGGCCAUCGUCAGCGGUUUCCUUGUCGGGAUAUCCAUGAUUCUCGCGUCGUUCUCUACUAGUGUUAUUCAGAUGACGUUCAUCCUAUCUUUACUCGCAGGGCCUGGCCUAAGCAUCACCAACGUUUUGACGAGAGCGACGAUGGCACGUUAUUUCACCGACGACUAUGCCACUGCUAGUGGUAUUGGAACCUCAGGACACUCCGUGGGUAUGAUACUAUUUGCACCCUUGGCCCAGCUGCUUCUCAACACCUACGGCUGGAGAGGAGCCUUGAUGCUGCUUGGAGCCCUCGCCCUGCAUCUCGGCGUGUGUUGCUGCCUACUCAGAUCACCACCACCAGCAGCAGCGGAAGACAGCUACCAACCGAUCGCCUCCUCGGGGGGCUCGGAAGCCCCGCUCGACGAAUCAGAUCCCGACGCGGAGAAGAAAUCUCUACUUCGAAGUCUGAAGGACGCUAUCGUGAGUCAGUGGAAUCUGCUGGGAUGUUCGGUUUGUUGUCAGGCCAAAUUCUGGAUCGCAGCAGUGGUGUGGACGUGCAGUUUCUUCAACGACGGUUUGUGGCUGAUUUACUUCGUUUCGUACGCGGAGACGAAAGGUUUCUCCGAUUACGAGGCGGUGACGUUCGUUACAUUCGGGGGGAUAGGAAACCUGGUUUUCAAGAUCGGCCUGGGCCCGGUCAUAGACCGAGGUUUACUCAAGAUACGAGCGGCCAUGCUAGUCAUGAUGGUACCCAAUUCCUUGGCUCUUCUGGUGCUUCCCUGGACGAACUCCUUCUGGUCCAUGGCCGUCAAUUCCUUUGUCUUCAACGGUUUGAACGGGGCCAUCAGCGGGUUGGGGGACAUGUACACGCGGGAAAUGCUCGGAACUAAGAAGCUAGUUUACGUGUUCAGUUGGAUAGACCUGGUCUCGUCCGCCUUUCACCUUUCACUAGGAUUUUUCCCAGGUUUGAUAUUUGACAAGACAGGAAGCUAUGACAAAGCUUUUGUUUCUAUGGGAUGUAUAGCAGUCCUGCCGGUGGUGGCGCUGUUUGCGGAGUGGGUAAUCGAUCGACGGAACUCGUCAUGACGUACAUCUGCUGCAUGACACCAAUCUACCAUGCUGUUUGUAUGCAGAGAGCUCGCUGUUACUAUUUCAGAUGGUUGAAAUUGAGGUUAUACUGUCUUUGGGAUACUAAAAACGUCUAUUAAUUUGAUAGACCUGUAUGUACCAAUGACUUUGUUGGCGUACACUUUCCUAUGAAGCCGGUGGAUUGGGGGCUAUUGUCCACUUAUAGGGCCACAGGAAAUCACAUACGUAAACAAAGUCUUCGUUUAACGGGUAUAGCCGAUGGCACGAACAUUUUGAUUGAAAUAAAGAAAACAUCAUCAAGAAAAUAGUGUCUUCUGUAACCUAGGGUGUAUGUAAAAAUCAUAUUGAAAUCGGAGGAUUUGGGACUGUUUGGGCUUUAAACCAUAACUACAACUUGCGAUAAAUGAAAAUACCCCGAGAAAGACGGGAAAUUAUUUGCUCAGGAACCAUACUUUAAAGGGUUUAUGUGGUCAAACUAUGCACUUGGCGGGAUGAAAACUUUUACCAUUGUAAAGAAAAAUCUGUAAGUGAAGCAUUGUCUGAUUAUAUUUCUGAUUGGCCUGAUUAUCUGACGUCGGCCUUGCCUCUCCAAACGGCAAACAAGGUAGACAUCGAUGGCGCAUGCCGUUAGUCUUCGAAAAUUAUGAUCCAUCACAAGGCUGUUUUUCAGAAGAGCAGCUUGGGUGAGGCCUGCACGCAAAAUGGCUUGGGAAAAAUAGAGAAUGGCCCUCAGAUUCAUAGAAAGAAUUCCCAAAUGUGGCAAUGCAGGGGAUGGGAGAUAUGAAUGUAUCCGAAACGGGCUAGCCUACGCCACAGUCAUCCAUUGCCUCUCACGAGCCUGACCCGCGUUUGACCCUAAGAGACAGAAGCUGUGAGUGCCUGGAACUUUCUUUUGUACACUAUAUCAGACUUUUCUGGCGUUUACUUUUAGAAACUUAUGUAACUGUAAAAAGUGUGUAGAAACUUAAGACUUCGAGUACAGAAACUUUUGGCAAAUCGGGAAAACUACAUAACCAUGAGGAAUGGACUAAUACGGGACUAUGAAACUUGAUCGGGACGUCGAGAAGUCUGUAUAGAGGUUAGUGCAAGGCAGCCAUCUUUCUGGUAACUGCUUUUGUUACGGAGGGAUUGCAUUAAUGGUCUACUCCCUGUGGAACAAAAAUGGCUGCCAAACACAAACCCUUUGGCUGGACCCGUCCGUUCCGGCUCGUCCGUUCAUGGAGCGAUUGGAAAAGUUCAUCUUGAUCGACGAGGUUCUUGAGAGCUGAAUCUAAUUCCGGAAGCGACAUUUUUUAAACCGAGUUUACAGUUUAGCAUUUUGGGGAUUAUUCCCCACAUUUUAACAUUGGGAACCAGCUUGCGUGCCUUGUUGUUCUGUCCGCUUCCGGCCUUUCGUUGGAGGUGAAUUUGCUCUGGGUUUUGCCUUAUUUCCACCAUCAAAGAACCACCACCGUCUGUAGAGUUCGUUUAGAGCCUGCCCAAGCCUCGUUAAUAUUCUAUGUUAUACAUGUAUUGGAUCUUUCUUCUUUGUACUGUAGUAUAACCUAACCUCUGUAUACUUUGUUAAACCCUUUAUGGAAAGUUGAAGUAUUAAAUAGUUCUCAUAAUGAAA